CUCGUUGGACUCGUGUUUUGCAUGUUUGCGAGACUGAAGUUAAAACUAUGAGUAUUUUCUGUCGCUCAGGAAUAUUAGUGUCGCGGGUGUGUCAGAGUAGUAGUUUAUUAGGACAUAAUGGUGCGUUCAGAGGCCUGAGCUCGUUACGUACAGCUCGGCAUCAUCUCGUUAAUGCACAUUUAUCGUCAUGUCAACAGUCCUGGCGGCUCCCGUGUCGCUUUGAUACUCACAGAUGUUUCUCUGACAUUGGUGAAAAAACACACUCGGAGAGCUCAGACACGUUUGAAGACACAGCCUACGAAAUGGACGACAACAGCAGACAUAGUAGACCCCAGAGUCGGAGAUCUCCAGAGACUUUCAACCUCGACGUCCUGGUGUCUCUACUCCGUCAGGAAAAUGCUGUGGACAUUUGUGUGAUUAAAGUACCAGAGAAUGUUGCAUAUUCAGAGUACUUUAUCGUUGCCAGUGGUAUUUCACCCAGACACCUUCGUGCAAUGGGACUGUAUGCCAUCAAAGUGUACAAAUUUAUGAAGAAAGAUAGUGAUCCAAACGUGAAGAUUGAAGGGAAGGAUGCAGAGGACUGGAUGUGUAUUGAUUUUGGUAAUAUGAUUGUUCACUUCAUGCUGCAAGAGACCAGAGAAGAGUAUGAACUGGAGAAACUCUGGACUCUCCGUGCUUAUGAUGAACAGCUGCAGAGGAUACCUGCUGAGAAGCUACCAGAAGACUUCAUACUUGAUCUUGAACUCACAAAGUGAGAAAUCAUCUAAGCUGUGCUUAGUUUUAACAGCUUCAAACGAACUUUGGAUGUUUUCUUCACUAUCCUCAUGGAUAGUAAUUACUGCUUUUGUUACCUAUAUGUGAAACUGUGUCCCUUGUUUAGAUACAAAUUAGGAAUCACUGUUCCAUCAUAUCGAUUCAUUUUAUAAACAUGCAUUUCUUUUCCUAACACCGAUGAGAAUUACUUGGUUUGUCAAAUAAAAUUGUCUAUGUAUAAAUGAUCUGAAUUUGAAGAAUAUCUAUUUCAUCAUGUUUUCAUGGUUGAAAAUAAAUUAUUUGAAUAC